CUUCUCGGAGUGGUCUGAGAGUUGAACACUCGACUGCUUUCUUCUAUAAAGUCUCCCGUGCGUACCAAUUGGCGAUCGAUCGGCUGCCAUGUUCUUCAAAGCUCAGAAAGUGUGCACGGCGAUUGCUGCUUCGUUCCUCAUCGUCCAGGGCGUCGAUGCAGUCAAAUCAAAGCUGAUCCGAGGCGUUUCUAGCGAGGAUCAAGCUUUGUAUGUGCCCAACGAGGCAGGAUAUUGGGCCUGCCUCGGACACAAAGACAUCCUGAUUCCAAUCUCAAAAAUAAACGACGACUACUGCGACUGUCCCGACGGCAGCGACGAACCCGGCACCUCCGCCUGCGCGAACGGGAAAUUCCACUGCCAAAACAAAGGCCACGUCCCCGGCGUGCUACCUUCCUACCAAGUCAACGACGGCAUCUGCGACUACGAUCUCUGCUGCGACGGAUCAGACGAAUGGGCCGGGCUUGUCAAGUGCGAAAACAAGUGUCGCGAAAUGGCCGCCGAGCUACAGAAGCGCGAGGCCGAGAACAGGAAAGCGCAGAUCGCGGGGUGGACGGCGCGCACAAAGUUGGCGACGAAAGCAGCGUCGUUGAAAGCGAGCCUUCUGAAAGAGCAGACGCAGAUCGAAGCGCAAUUGAAGGCCGCGCAUGCUAGAGUCGAAAAGGCAGAGGAGGCUGUCAAGAUGGCUGAGGUUUCGUCUUCUAUGCGUGUCGGAAAGAAAGGAAAUCCGUACGUUGAGCGCUUGAAGGAACGCGUGUUGGAGUAUCAGCGCGCAAAGGAAGCAAUGGCCUCGCGCAUCGCUGCCCUCGAGCUUCGCCUCCAAGAGACAGAGGUUAUCCUCUUAAACUUGAAGAACGAUUACAAUCCAAACUACAACGACGAAGCAGUCAAGCAGGCGGUGAAGACUUACUCCACCUUGCUCGAAGCGCCGUUACCCGAAAGCAACUACGCCGAGCUGUCCUACCAGCUAAGCGCUGAAUCAGACGACGAGCUGCUCAAGGAAGAGGUCGAGGACAACGAUCCUGAUCUCGUCGACUACAAUUCAUACAUCCCCAUAGAAUGGCGCGUCUGGAUCCACACCAAAAAGCGCGAACUAGUCGACUUCCUAGUCGAGCACGGUCUUCUCGCCCACCGCGAUAUAUCCGAAACCUCAGACGUCAAGACGGCAAAGAAAGAACUCGACGAGGCAAACAAGCAGGUCCAAGAGCUCGACAAGAAAGCGCAAAAGAUUGCCGACAACGUCGCGGCUGACUUUGGACCGGACGAUAUCUUCCGUGCGUUGGCGGGCGAUUGCAUCACUGCCGAAGUCGGCGAUUAUACAUAUGAACUGUGUUUCAAUCAAAAAUCCAUUCAGAAGCCAAAGAACGGCAUGAUCACCCCGCUAGGCAAAUUCGACCGAUACGAAGGCAACAAAAUCUACUACACCGGCGGCGCCAAAUGCUGGAACGGGCCCCAGAGAAGCACGGUCGUCGAAAUGCGCUGCGGCGAGAAAAACAAACUGCUCUCUGUCUCUGAGCCGGCCAUGUGCGAGUAUUUGUUCCGCAUCACUUCUCCUGCUAUGUGUACGGAUCCCGAAGCAAACGAGAGCGGCAAGGUCAGAGAUGAGUUGUAAAUCGGACAGGGUUGUUGGAUUUGGAACGGGGAAAGAUCAGGAGGAUGUUGAUACGGUGGUGUAAAAUAGCAUAGCAUAAGCUGAAAUAUAAAUCGUUAACCGGAAUUUCGAAUCACGGCUGCUAAAACGUAUUCGCCAUCAUGCGACACCGAAGCCAGAAACCGCU